AUGUUCGGCAUUCGCUCAUCACCUGACCUGCAUCAGCACCUGCAGCUGCGCCUGCGCCUGCGCCUGCCCCUGGUCCUGCACCUGGGUUCUUCAUCACCAGCUCGGCUCGGCCUGCAGCAGGGCAAUGCAAAGCAUCCUCAGCCAGGGGGGGAAAGAAGCCAUGCGGCAAAAAGGAAGCAGACUGACUACAUGACAGUAUCUAGACUCAUAGUCUAG